UGGAGGAGGGCAAAGAGGUUCAGAGCAGGGCUGUUCUGCAUUCUUUCGACCAGAUGGAUUAUCGUUACCCAGGGCAGGGAUCUGGACAGGACGGACACCUCUGAACGGAACGGAAAGGCACGGCGCUGUUACGGUCAGGUGACAGUAAGGGGGCGGUGCAUGUAUGGCUGAUGGACAGGUGUUUCGACUAAUUAAAGGACAAUGCUGGCACGGAACCGCUUCAUCCUGGUGUUGGUGGUGGGGGCACUGCUGGCCGUGCUGAGUUUCAGUCUGCAGCAUUUGCACCUGAUUCCGACCAAUCCAAUGGCGGAGCAAAGGUCACAAGGUAAAAGCAGGAAGCGUGUGAAUCCAGUUCUCCAUACAGAUCCACCCGCCCCAGACCCCAUCCGAGACACCCACCAGUACUGCAAUUACCCAAAUCUCACUGAGCACGGUUGGGAGGGUCACAGUCCGCCUGACUAUAAGCUGCUGUCAGUCCAGGUGAUGAUUCGCCAUGGUGACCGUUUCCCACUGUACUCCAUCCCCAAAACCAAGAAGCCUGCCAUAGACUGCACCCUGUCAGACAAGAGAAAACCCUCACAUCCCCUCUUGACCUCCUUCAUUAGUCACAUGGCACUGGGUGGGCGUGGCCACUGGGACACAUCACUUGGAUCUCUACCCCGAUUACCCAAUCACAGCAGUUGCGAGAUGGGCGAGCUUACCCAGACAGGUGUCAUACAGCACUUGAAAAAUGGCGAUCAUCUUCGUCAGGCCUACAUCAAGCGUCACAAUCUGCUGACUGCUGAUUGGUCACCACGGCAGUUGUGGCUGGAGACUACAGGUAAAAGCCGCACUCUCCAGAGUGGAUUGGCUUUCCUGUUUGGUUUCUUGCCUCAUUUUGAUUGGUCACGGCUGACGGUUAGGCAGCAGUGGAGUACGCUGUUCUGUGGUUCGUCCUGCGACUGUCCCGCACGGAACCGGUACCUGGACCAGGAGCAGCGCAGGCAGUAUCGCCAGAGGACUGCAGACACGGAACUCGAACGCACAUACGUUGCCAUGGCGAAAACUCUGGGUGUGGCAACAAAGACUUUGAGGGCGGCCAAUCCGGUGGACGCACUGUUAUGUCACUUUUGCCACGGCCUUCCGUUUCCCUGCUCAAGCACACAGACUAUAGCAAACGCUCCGGCUGAAGGGGCAUGUCUUACGCUACAGCACUUUGCAGUGAUUCGCCGGCAACAGAAAGAUGACGAACUGGAGCGAAGGGAGGCGGGGCUUUACCGCCGUUACGCAGUGCUCGCAGCACAUCCGUACCUCAACCGUACUGCGGCACGCUUGGAGAGGAUCGCUAGAGGUAGCCAGACACGCAAAGGCAAGGAAGAUGCGAUCUUUGCUUUAGCUUCUGCCCAUGACGUAACUAUGGCUCCGUUGCUAAGCGCACUGGGUCUGGAAGGGGCGGGAUUUCCGAGAUUUGCUGCACGGCUGGUGUUCGAGCUGUGGAAUAGCCCGGAAGGUAAAGACAAAGGGAAAAAUGAGAAAAUGAGUGAUAGAAAAAGAGGAAAGGGGUUGGACAAAAUGUUUAUUCGUGUUCUCUAUAACGGAGAAGACUUGACCUUUGACACUGCCUUCUGCCGCGAUCACAAUCGGCAUUCUGCUCAGCCACUGUGCCCUCUAGGUAAUUUCCUGUCUUUUGUGAGAAAGGAUAUGUUUAUCUUUGUUAAUGCUACAAGUUAUGAGCAGGCCUGCCACCAAACUGUACUGUAACAUAUGAAAUCGAGUGAGUGAGAGAGAAGCACAUUAAAAGAGAAUGAGUAAAACUUGAAGAGAUAAAUGGGUGAAUUUCAUGAAAACAUGCCUAGGUCAUAUUUCACCCCAAAAUAAAUAAAUAAAUAAAUAAAUAAAUAAUAAUAAUAAUAAUAAAAGAAAUGAAAAUUAUAUAAAGCAUUAAAGGAAUAGUUAACCCAAAAAUUUAAAUUAUCAUCAUUUACUCACUCUCAUGCCAUGCCAGAUGUGUAUGACUUUCUUUAUUCUACAGAACUCAAAUGAAGAUUUUUAGAAGAAUAUCUCAGCUCUGUAGGUCCAUACAAUGCAAGUGAAUGGUGGCCAGAACUAUGAAGGUCCAAAAAGCACUAAAUAGCAUUAUAAAAGUAAUCAAUACGACUCCAGUGGUUUAAUCCAUGUCUUCUGAGGCAAUAUGAUAGGUGUGCUUGGGAAACAGAUCAAUAUUUAAGUCCUUUUUUACUAUAAAUAUCCACCAUUCUUCUUUUGUUUUUUUGGCGAUUCACAUUCUUUAUGCAUAUCACCACCUACUGGUUGGGGCUUGUCAAAGGUGGAGAUUUAUAGUAAAAAAGAACUUAAAUAUUGAUCCGUUUCUCACCCACACCUAUAAUAUCUCUUCUGAAGACAUGUAUUAAACCACUGAAAUCUUAUGGAAUGCUUGUAUUUAUGGAUUACUUUUAUAAUCAUCAUUUUAUGCUAUUAUAUUUAUUUUUGGACCUUCAUUUGGCCCCUAUUCACUUGCAUUGUGAGGACCAACAGAGCUGAGAAAUUCUUCUAGAAAUAUUUGUUUGUGUUCUGCAGAGGAAAGAAAGUCAUACACAUGGCAUGGGGGUGAGAAAAUGAUGAGAGAAUUUUCAUUUUUGGGUGAACUAUCAAUUAUAAGUUGAAUGAAGCAUAUUUUUAUGACCAUAAGAUUAUGACCCAAGUCUCAUUAAAACUUACAUUUGAGUAGUUCUUUUUUUCUCACUUCCAUUAUUCUUUAUUAGGAGUAAAACAUUACUAUAAUACAAUAAUUAAAAUAAAUAAGUAAAUAAAUAAAAAUCAGUUUAUUAGAAUUACAACACUAAACUGAUGUAUAAACACUACACAAUGUAAAUAAUAUAUUGUUAUUGCAUUACAGCAAUGAGAAUUAUUAUUAUUAUUUUUUUUUUUUGUGCAUUACGUUAAUUAAAAUGGUGGGAGGGAUAUGCUUCACAGUGCAAAAAAGGUCCUCAAAGGAAUAUUCCAUGUUCACUAAAAGUUAAGCUCAACCAACAGCUAAAAUUAAUUUCGACUUGUCCCUCCUUUAAAAAGAAAAAAUCUGGGUUACAGUGAGGCACUUAUAACGGAAGUCAAUGGGGUCAAUUCGUAAACAUUAAAAUACUCACUGUUUCAAAAUUAUAGCCACAAGAUGUAAACAAUAUGUGUUAACAUGAUUUUAGUGUGAUAAAAUCGAUUACAAACCUUUUCUGUGUAAAGUUAUCCAAUUUUACAACUUGGUAGUCAUGACGACGUAACACUAUAAACCUGUAAUCCCUGUAACUUUCACUAAAAUUACAAUUUAAACAACUUUACAACUCAAACAAUACACAAGUUUUAACAAAAUAAUUAAUGUAGUUUAUAUACACUUUUAUACACUUAUAAGCUUCACAUUUCUGACUUUAAACCCACCAAUUGGCCUUAUUCUUUUCCUCACUGUAAGUGCCUCACUGUAACUUCAAUUUUAGCUUCUUGAAAGAAAGGGUGAGUCAAAUGUAUUUAUUUAUUGUGGUAAUUAAUAUUAUGCCACAAAUGCUGUCGAUUGUGCUUAACUUUUAUUGAACCUGGAAUAUUCCUUUAAAAGUCCUUUAAGCGAAAUAUAUAUUUUUUUUAUUUAUUUCUUUGGGUUGAACUUUCUUUCUUGUUUCUGAUUUUGUUGAGUCAGACAUGUUUUUUACAGGUUUCAUGACAAGGCGAGAGUGAAAUAUAUUGCUAAUUUUAUGAGUUUUUGUUUUAGUAUUAAGAGGGUGGACCAAAUAAUUAUCCCUGCACAAAAAAUUGAUUUGGUACACUUUACUAAUCACAUAGAAUCAACUGACAAAGUCAGAUACUGAAAUUGUUUACAAUAAUCAUUGAGUAUAAAUGAGAUGUUAAGCUGUAGGCUUUGAUUUAAUGCACAUUUGGAUGAAGAUGGUGGUUUUAAUAAGGUGAGAUAUGACAUCAAGUACCCUUAAAAACCACCUGAAUCCAACACAAACACGCAUUCACUUGUUGAAACACCUCUUGCCUUUAUUCUGAGUCAGUGUAAUCCAGAAAACUGCACUGUCAUAAAGACAAUCCUAGUGGAUUCACUAGAUAGAAAUAUUGUAACAAUCCAUUUGUGUUGUGUUUGGAAUUUAGGGCACUUAGCCACUUUAUAGCAGAAUUCCUGCAGUUAUCAGGAAUAGGAUGUAUUUCCAUUGCUUGUCUCUUCCGUUACAUGUCCCAAACUAAAUUCCAUUCUGGACCAGUUGUGUUAAAGGGAUAGUUGACCCAAAAAUGUCAAAUCUGUCCUCAUGUUGUUCAAAACCAUUUGACUCUGUGGAACACAAAAGGAGACGUUACAGUAGGCAGAAUGAGGGAGUCAGUCACCAUUCACUUUCAUUGUAUGAAAGAGAUGCAAUGAAAGUGAAUGGUGACUGAGAUUAACAUACUGCCAGUCAUCAUCUCUGUUUUCCAAGGAAGUAAAUCAUACUGUAGGGACUACAUUAGGGUGAGUAAAUGAUGACAGAAUUUUAAUUUUGGGGUCAACUAUCCCUUUAAGAUCUCACUUGAAGAGUAUUUGACUGAAUUUCUUGUUGUCAUGUUUUGUUUCUCCCACAUUUUGUGUCCUCUUUUAGUUACUUUCGUUUAUUAUUAAAGGGAAAAUAAAGGAGUGAUGGUAUCUUUGUAUACUACAAAAAUGUAUUCUAACGAAAUUAUUUUGUAUCAUGAAUGAUGUUCUAAUGAUCAGUGUGUACUGCCACAUUCCAAACCUCGAAGCACAUUUUUCAAUAAAAACGUGAAACAUUUCCUCUAAAA